AUGCAAAUGAGAGAUUUGUCAAGAGAGCAUAAUCCAAAGCCGAAGGGCGCACUCCCAAGUGGCAUAAUUGAAAACCCUAAAGGAAAUGGGAGUGGUCCAACUUCUCAUUGCAUGGCAAUCACCACGCGAAGCGGAAAGGUACUUCAAGGAGAAAAUGAACAAAUUGUGGGAGUAGAUGAUCUUGAGCAAGAGGUUGAAGCACAAGUUGAAGUGCCGAUUGUUAUUGAAGUUGAAAAGCUCCCAAAAGGAGUAAAAGUCCAAGAAGAAAAUCAUGAAAAGGUAAAGGAAAAGGCGAAAGAGGCACCAAAAUAUCUAGCACAAAUUCCUAGACCUUCCCCUCUGUUCCCUCAAAGACUUGCUAGGAGGGUUGAUGAUAGCAAAUUCGAGAAAAUUUAUGACAUUCUCAAGCAAUUAUCGGUGAACAUACCAUUUGUGGAAGUCUUUCAAGAGAUGUCGGGUUUUGCUAAAUACUUAAAGGACUUGAUAACCAAGAAAAGAACCACCAAGAAUGAAGUGGUGAAUGUGACUCACCGGGUUAGCUUCAUUAUUGCAACAACCAUCGUUGAAAAGAAAGAAGACCCGGGAGCAUUCACCAUUCCAUGCACUAUUGGCUUGCGAGAUUUUGCAAGGGCUCUUUGUGACAAUGUGGCUAGCAUUAACUUGAUGCCUCUUGCCAUUUACAAGCAAGCGGGGUUAAGCAUUCCGAGACCUACAAGCAUGAGGUUGCAAAUGGCCGAUCGUUCAAUCAAAAUACCAGUGGGAAUUAUUGAUGAUGUCCUAGUGAAAGUGGGAAAGUUCCUCCUUUCGGCCGAUUUUGUGAUCCUUGACUGUGCCGUUGACAAAGAAAUCCCUAUCAUCUUGGGGAGGCCAUUCCUUGCUACCGGAAGAGCACUUAUGGAUUCGGAACGAAAUGAAAUCAAGUUCCGAGUUAAUGAUGAAGAGGUCACCUUCCAAGCAAGUAAAGUUAUGAAGUUUCCACAUGCAUAUGAAGGCAUCUCAGUCAAUGAUGUUGUUGAUGAGGUAGAGGACGCAAGUGAAAUGAAGAUGGAAGAAGAAUGCCUAGGUGAGGCUUUGGCGGCGAUAUUGGUAAAUUUUGAUGGUGAAAACAUGGGGGGGGGUGCAUGGAAUCGAUGA